AUGGGAUCAAAUAUGGUAAAGAUUUUGAAGACCCAGAAAGAGGACAGAAAAGAAUUUGCUGAAUAUGUCAAAAUCCUUAAAGAGUUGGAUAAUACACUAAAGAAAAAUACGUAUGAGACUCAUGUCUCAAAUUUAAAUUUCUCUAAAUUUGAAAAGCAACUUUUCAGUCGUCAAUCGGAAAUGAUGAGUCUUGAAAGACAAAUCAAUCUUGAUAAUCAUCGUGAGGUCAUUGAAUCAAUGGAAUUAUUUAAUAGUCAGAUGAUUGAAAUUCAAGGUGAGCCUAAUAGAAGAGGUGACGGUGUAUCAACCAACACCAGAUCUAAGCGUGCGCCAACCAAUGAUGAAAAUCCAAGGCCAACCAAAAGAGGAAGAGGUAGAAGCGGUGGUGAUCUCGGAGGCCGAAGUAGUUGUGGUGGUCGUGGUGGACAAUCUGGUAGUGAUCGCGGAGGUCGUACUAGUGGCGGUAAUCGUGAUGGAAGAUCUAGUGGAAGCGGUCGGGGUGGACGUGCUCUUCCUCCGUUUCAAAACCUGCUAAUUGGUGAAGGGAUAUAUUAUGAAGGAACUCGUUUCCCGAUCGAUCCUCGAGUUAAAAGGGGAGAACAAUAA